AUGGAUGUGGAAAUCCAAUUAAUCCAUUCGACACAAAUUGGUAGUCUACUAAAUCCUAACCUUUUCUUCCCCUUACCUUUCUUUAGGAAUGUCUCUCUCCCCCCUUCUCCACCAAAUUUUAAAUACUUUACUAAAUCGUCAAAAAAUCAAACAAACAAAACAACACCUAUUCGGAUUUUGCAAUUAUCUGAUAUUCAUUUUGACCCGGCUUAUUUGGAAGGAAGUGAGGCAGAUUGUGAAGAACCUGUUUGUUGUAUUAAAAUGCCGAAGAAAGGAGAAAGUGUAAAAAAGAAAGCGGGGUAUUGGGGGACAGCAGCAAAAUGUGAUAUUCCUCUUCGAACUGUAGAAAAUUUGCUAGAACAUAUUAAUCGAACUCAUAAACUUGAUUUUGUACUUCUUUCUGGCGAUUACCUUCAUCACCGAGAUUGGGGUAAUUCUUUAUUUUAUCAUCUAAACUUAUUUAAUUUUGUCUUUAAAUAA